GUUAAGUGAAAGUGAAACUUACCCCUUCAGGUUUAUCCUUCAGUUCUGAGCGAAUAACCAGGAACUAGGAACUUCUUUCUGUUUGAGCUGCGGAACAAGACAUUAGUGUUCUUCCCUUGUGUAAUUGCUGUAAAAUGACAGAAUCCAGUAUUUCAGUAGAUCAAAAUCAGUUCAGCUGCUCAAUAUGCCUUGAACUACUGAUGGAUCCAGUGACCACCCCAUGUGGACACAACUUCUGUAAGCUGUGUAUUAAGAGCUGCUGGGACGAAGAGGAUCUGAAAGGUGUCUACAGCUGCCCUCAGUGCAGAUGCUCCUUCACUCCAAGGCCCGUUGUGGGUAAAAACAACAUGCUGGCUGAAGUGGUGGAGAAACUGAAGACGUUACACCAAGCUACUUCUACUGCUCACUGUCCUGCUGGACCUGAAGAGGUGGAGUGUGAUUUCUGUACUGGGAGAAAACUCAAAGCCCUCAAAUCCUGCCUGGUGUGUCGAGCCUCUUACUGUGAAACUCACAUCCAGUCUCACUAUGAAUCUUCUGCCUUUAAGAAUCACAAGCUGGUCAAAGUGUCCAGACGACUACAGGAGCAGAUCUGUUCUGAGCAUGAAAAACAACUAGAGGUUUACUGUCGCACUGACCAGCAGUGUAUCUGCAUGCUAUGUACCAUGGAUGGCCAUAAAGGACAUGAUACAGUAUCAGGUGCAGCAGAAAGAGCUGAAAAACAGAAUCAGUUACUGGAGACCCAAAGAAAAUUCCAGCAGAAAAUCCAGGAGAAAGAGAAGGAACUCCAAGAGCUAAAGAAAGCUGUGGAAUCACACAUGAGCUCUGCUCAGGCUGCAGUGAAGAACUGUGAGAAGAUCUUUACUGAGCUGAUCUGCUCCAUUGAGAGAAAACGCUCUGAGCUAUCAGAGAUGAUCAGAACCCAGGAGAAAGUGGCAGUGACUCGAGCAGAAGAAGCCCUGAAGAGAUUAGAGCAGGAGAUUGAAGAGCUGAGGAGGAGAGACGCUGACCUGGAACAGCUUUCACACACUGAGGACCACAUACAUUUUCUCCAGAGUUUCCCAUCUUUUUCAGCUCCUCCUGAAUUUGCCAGAUGUUCAACCACUGUGUUCAGUCCUCUACUUACCUUUGAGGAGAUAGUAAAGACUGUGUUUCAGCUGAGUGAGAAACUGGAAGAGCACUGUGAACAGGAAUUUAAAAAGAUAUCCAGUGGAGUGAAGGAAAUAAUGGUUGUUCCCCUUCCUGAACCCCAAAGCAGAGAAGAAUUUCUUGAGUAUUCCUGUGAGCUCACAAUGGAUCCAAACACAGUGAAUACACUCCUCCACAUGUCAGAAGGAAACAUGGUGGUGACCUGCAGUGAAACAGUCCAGUCAUACCCCCCUCAUCCAGAGAGAUUUGACUUUUAUCCCCAGGUGCUGUGUAGAGAGAGUGUGGGUGGACGCUGCUACUGGGAGGUGGACUGGAGUGGAAGUGGUGGGCUUUAUAUUGCAGUCUCAUAUAAAGGCAUCAGCAGGAAGGGAAAUGGUUUCUUUGGAUACAAUGAUCAGUCCUGGAGUUUGUUCUGCUCUCCCUCCAGUUACUCAUUUGUACAUAAUAGCAAAGGUACUGUAAUCCCCAUAGGAUCUGACUGCUCUAGAAUAGGAGUGUAUGUGGAUUAUAGUGCAGGAAUUGUGUCCUUCUACAGCAUCUCAGAAACAAUGAUCCUCCUCCAUAGAGUUCAGACCACAUUCACCCAGCCCCUCUAUCCUGGGUUUUGGGUUGGUUUAGGAUCAGCACUUAAACUGUCCCAUCCACCGCAACAGAUGAUUAUGAGUCCCUAAGAAGCUUUGUUUUAGCUUCACCUCCACUAAAAAUAAAUCCUAGUAUGAUUUUAAUUAUACUUCAAUAAUAAUAUAGAAUGAGAAACUCCUUGUGUGUUCUGGUGCUGUAUAACAGAACUGGUAUUUUUGGAUCCACAAAGAAAUUACAUGGAAUAAUGGAAUAAAUUUGAGAAUCAUUGAUUAUUUUCAGAUUUCUUUCAGAAGAGAGAAGUGUUCUACACCGAAAAUCCA